UUCUUUGAGACAGUUGUCAGGUAUGACAGAUUUUUCAGCAUCCAAAGUCAACACAUUCCAGCAGUACUGAUUGCUUUCCUCGAUGAGAGAGGACUCCGGAAUCCAAACUGCACUGUUAGGAGCCGAUGUUCCUAUCUGUUUUCAAGGUUUAUCAAGUCUCACAAGGGAAUCAUGGUGAACUAUGCUCAUGAUGUUUUAAAGAGACUACAGGGACUUCUUGUCAUAUCUGCAGACAAUGGUUACCAGCAGCUUCUAUCUGCAGAUGAUCGGUUGUUCCUUUAUGAGAGCGCAGGUAUUCUCAUUGUUGCUAGUGGAGCAGUACCAGAGAAGCAGCUGAUGUACAUGAAGGACUUACUGUCCCCUAUCAUCGAAAAGUUUGAUUCAGUUGUUAGCAAGCUAAUGUCGGAGACCAAUGAUGCCUCUUCCCUGGUGUUUGCCCAGCAGCUCUAUCAUCUUGUUGCAUAUGCAAGUCGAGCCAGUAAAGCUUUCCCCAACCAGCAAGCCCUAAAAGAAAGUGGCUGUGCACCAUGUUUUACAGAGGCUUUGCCGAUUUUCCUCAAAGCGCUGCACGUUCCCAUUCAUCGAGACACCAUUCACUCUGGCGUACGGCAGUACCUCCACAGGAUGAUUGUUUGCCUGGGCGAGGGAGUGCUACCCUUCAUCCCUGUUGCAGUUUCACAUUUGCUGGAAGAUUGCACGGCGCGGGACAUUCAAGAAUUCAUUCCGCUGAUCAAUCAGAUCAUCAGCAGAUUCAAGACUCAAAUUGGCCCCUUCCUCAGGGACGUUUUCAUGGCAAUUGUUAACACAAUCUUCACGGUCCUUGGCAAACCAGCGGAUGAAAAAGAUGCACAGGCUGUCAAGGAAAAGGAAACUUUGAGGCGUAGUUAUUUCUUGUUUGUGGGUGCUGUGGUAACUAAUGAUGUGACAGUGGUCCUCACCUCUCAAACUCCCCAUGAUUUACACCAGGUGUUGUUGACAUUGAUUCAGGGAGGAGUAGAAUUUCCAGAUCCGGUGGCUCAAAAGAUUUCCUUCAAUAUUCUUCGUAAACUGGUUGAACUCUGGGGUGGCAGCAAUGGAUUGAAUGGUUUCAGAGAGUUCAUGUACGAAAAUAUUGUACCUGCAACGUUUGUGGCUCCAAUGAAGUCGAACUUUGACAUGAAUGACGCACAGACUAUUUUGGCUUUGCAGGAAAUUGCUCUCACGCAGAAAAUGAUUUUGCAGAAACAGGGAAUAGAGUUUAUAGAAUUCCUACAGAACAAAUACCUUCCAACACUUCAGAUUGCACCAGGACUCAUUCAGGAAUAUACAAGGGCUUUACAGCACGCAGACAUAAAAACCUUCAAGAACUAUAUAAAGGCUUUUUUCACCAACCUUCGUUCUUGACCAAGGCUAAGUCCCUUCACCACCAAACGGAGGGAACGAGUUUUGUUUAAUAUUAAUAUAUGUAGUUACAGUGUGGUGGCUGUAAAAACAAAGGAUAGAGUUUUACUUUAAUUUUAUUAUAGAGAUGACAGCGUCCCCGAAUAAGAAAAUCGAAACAGUUAGUGUUAAACACAAAAUUUUACAGAUCAAAGGUUGAAUGAUAUUUUCAAUUUGAGCAAAGCCUAAAACGGUUCUUGAAAUUAUCUUGAACAUACUAAACUACCUCAUAAGCUAUUCUUUUAUUUUAAAAAGAGUCAGUAUUUGGUAAACCUGUCAAAAUUGCAAAUCUGCUCUCUUUUAAAUAGAAAAUAGCACCGAAUUUUCUACAAAUUCUUUUAUAUUGGUAGCAGGGUCACCGAUUUAUGAUGGUGGGUUUUCCUGUAAAAGUGACAGCACUUACUUCAGUCUAAAACUUUUAAACUGAGCCUUUAUUUAAGGGUACCGCAAUCUCGCUCAGUGAAAGGGUGUUGAACAGAUCCAUUGUUACGUCUAGAGGGUAAAUAUUAUUCUGUAAAGAAACAAACAA